AUGGCUUCUCCUCCCCGGCACCUGCUCCCCCUCCUCCUCCUGCUCGCCCUCCUCGGGACCUCGUCGGCGGACCCAGCCGUCUACGACCGCCCCGUGAUCGGCAUCGUCACGCACCCGGGCGACGGCGCGGCCGGGAGGAUCGACAACGGCACCUCCACCUCCUACAUCGGCGCCUCCUACGUCAAGUUCGUCGAGGCCGGCGGCGCCCGCGUCAUCCCGCUCAUCUACAACGAGCCCGACGAGCGCCUCCUCGAGAAACUCAGUUUGGUGAACGGCGUGCUGUUUACUGGUGGAUCAGUAAAGAGGGUUCCAUUUCCAUUGUUUGCACAGUGUCUUGGCUUUGAGCUUGUAAGCAUGAUUGUGAGCAAGGACAAUAAUAUUUUGGAGUCAUUCCACGCCUCAGAUCAAGCAUCAACUCUUCAGUUCCCCAAUUAUUCUUCACUCCAGGGAUCAGUGUUUGAAAGAUUUCAUCCUGAUCUCAUCCAGAAACUCAGCACCAGUUGUCUUGUCAUGCAAAAUCACAAAUAUGGUAUAUCUCCGAAGAGAAUGCGAGAGAAUGAUGCCUUAUCAAGUUUCUUCAAGAUUCUGACCACAUCCCCUGAUGAAAACGGUGAGGUUUACAUCUCAACCGUCGAAGCACAGAAAUACCCGAUCACUUGCACUCAGUGGCAUCCUGAGAAAGCCAUUUUCGAGUGGGGUAAACCAAUGAUCCCACACAGCGAGGACGCGGUACAAGUGACUCAAAAUUUUGCCAACUAUUUUAUCAGCCAAGCCCGCAAGUCUCCCAACAGGCCUCCUGCUGACAAGGUGCUGGACAACCUGAUCUACAACUACAGCCCUACAUUUUCCGGGAAAACCUCGAAAUCCUUCGAGUUGGUGUACCUCUUCUCCUGA